AUUGAAUGGAUCGAUGCAAAACUUAAUAUACCCGCAGCACGAAAUACGAGUUGCACGUUAGUCGGCAUGCGAGAUGCACCUGUCUGAUGCAUUCUCUCGUACUUCAAUUUAUUAAAAAACAUAGUGACAAAAACACAAGCGGUUUUUCGCGAUUCAGAAUGUGUUUCUUAUCGUAGCGUUGCUCAUCGUAAACGUUGAGAACAACGUUUUGUCCUCGAUGUGAUAACAGAUUGGCUUGACCGGGGCAAUUACCAUCAAUCAUCAAGUCAUUAAAGAAGGAUAAAAGAUGGAAGUGAGCCGUAUUCAGUGGAUAGAACAGGCACAAAUAGAAAAUGUGAACAAUAACAAAACGGAUCAUGUAAAAUUAGAAGAUAUUCAAAAUAUUACGAAUGAAAUUAUAGCAAACCCAACAAAUCAGAGAAAUAAUAAUAUCGAUGACUAUAUGGAUGAAGAAGCUAAAAGUAAACAUUAUGAAAUUGCAGAGACGAAAAACGCUGUUAAAUACAUUGAACAAUUCGUAAAAAAUAUGAAACAUAUCGUCGAUCAAAAUUCUGCAAAACCGAAAAAUUAUGAUGAAUGGACGAAUGAAGAACAAUAUAAACAUAUAACGGAAAAUAUGAAAAUCUAUGUACCAAAUCUACCAGAUUCUUUAUUAUUCUUCGUAUCAGCAGCGCUGUAUCGCGGGGAUUGCGGCCAAAGUUCAACAAACAAACCGUUUUGGUUGGACAUGAACGAAUUCCGGAGAGGACAAAAAUUUGCACAAGAACAUAUUUUCUCUAUUAUCUUUUCCAACAUGCUGUCGCUCUUCGAGAUAUUCGCUUUUACGGAUGGUCUUAAACCAAUGAUUCUUAGUCAACAAUCUCAUACGUCAUAUUUAGCUUUUAGGAGAUACUUAUCCACGGCUCGCCGUGUGAGAAAUUGGAUGAUGGAAGAUUUUUGGGAUGAGGACACGCAGGCCCACAAGGAUAUUCAAGUCGUGCGUAAGAUGCAUCGCGCGAUACGAUUAAAGCUCUGCGAAUAUGAUUACGAAGAGAUCGAUGCGGCCACUACAAUCCCGAAUCCAUGGUGCCCGGAUAGAAAAAUAAUCCUCGACGACUUUUCUUCCUGCCCGUAUCCGACAGUAGAAAACGGCUGUCUUCAUCUGAUAAUCAGACCCAAAGGAUUGAAUCAAGCUGAUAUGAGCGCCACGCAGUUUGCUUUUAUGGGAAUGCUCUUGCUCUACUCGUACAAAUUUGGCAUUCACGCCACUGAUGAGGAUAUGAUAGCCUUUUGCCAUGUAUGGAGAAGUAUAGGAUACGCUCUCGGUAUCCAGGACGAGUUCAAUUUUUGUCGUGGUAGUCUGGAAGAGAUUAAGCAAAGAGCGCGAGACUUUAUCAAAAUUUGGGUGAAACCGUAUUUGCGACAAAUAACGCCCGAAUGGGAGCAUAUGCUGAGAUGCAUCACGAGUUUGGACGAUGAUGGUAACAUGUUCAAAAUGUCAUUACUGUUCGUCGCCGAUUUACUGGACAUCGAUAUGCCGCGUAUGCGAAGCACGCUAACUUUUUUUCAACGGUUACAAUGGAUGUUAUAUUGCUUUGUAUUUCGUUAUGCUAUGAGACUACGAUUUAUACGAGAAUAUAUGAACAAGAAAACUCUUAAGAUUCUCGAUAAAUCAACUAAAAUUAGUCCCGAAAAAUUAGAAAAACUGAAGAAUAAAUCUGCCCAAAAGGUGUCGGAUUUUCUUGUGAUUCUCAAGUAAGAAGAAUAGAAGGCAGACACAUUCUUUCUCUUGCAAAAAUAUACGAUUAUUAUAGUUUUCAUAAAUGCAAUGUGAUUAGCAAUACAUAUAUUAAAAUAAAUAUAUUACAUAUAGUAUUAUAUAUCAUUGUUUAUGUUAAGAUAGCAUGUAGGGAUAAGAGUAAAUUUAACUGUCGCAUGGCAAUUUAGUCUAGACUAGGUUAUUUGGCAGCAGUGAUGCCAG